AGUGCUUGAAGACCUACCUAAGGCAAUUAGAUCAAGUAUUGCUCAGCAUCUUUUUCAUGGAACUGUGGAAAAUGCCUAUCUCUUCAAAGGAGUUUCUGAAGACCUUAUCGUCCAACUGGUGUCCGAAAUGAAAGCAAAAUAUUUUCCACCAAAGGUUGAUAUCAACUUACAAAAUGAGAUACCUACGGAUUUCUACAUUCUAGUAUCUGGAGCAGUGGAUGUCGUGAUAUACAAAAAUGGCACGGAGCAGUUCUUGUCAAAAUUAGGGGUUGCAGACAUGGCAGGAGAAAUAGGGGUACUUUUCAAUAUCCCACAACCUUUUACGGUGAGAACUAAGAGACUUUCUCAGGUCAUCCAGAUUAGUCAUCAUCAAUUCAAGCAAAUGGUGCAGCCACAUAAUCCAGAUGGAAAGAUAAUAACCUCCAACUUUAUACAGUAUUUGAAGGGAUUAAAGAACGAGUUGCUCGAAGAGAUGCCAUUUGUAAAAGAUUUGUUGGAUGAGUUCAAUACAGAGAUCCCUGCGCUUAUAAUGCUCCAAAUGCUGUUAAGUUACUGUAAUACCAAGAGGAUGUUGAGGUUGUAGAGUAUAGAAAGCGUGAUAUUAUUGUGCAGAAACAUCAUGGUCAUUCUGAGAGACUUGGCAAACAUGCCCAAUCAACUAACUAUCAAGGAUGUUUUUCUAUAAAGAUGAUAGACAGUUAAUGUAAUGAUCCCAUAACUGAAAUGGGUGAACAAUUGGUCCAUCGAAUGAGGAUGAGAAGCAAGCAUUUUAUUGCCCUUCACCUAACAUUGGUUUUGAUUACGUUUGGAAGCAUACUUGCAAAUCAAGAUCAAGUGCUGAAUUUAUUUAUUUUUAUAUGAAUUGAUACUUAGUUCGAGUUGCAAAUCAAGAUCGUGUUAAUUUUUUUUGUGGACUCCACGUUAG